AUGACUAUCGACCUUCGGCCCGAUCUCGUCGUGGAGAUCCCAAUACCAUCAGUGUGCAAGUUGAUGAAGAAUAUGAAGAAUAUAAAGAAUAUGAAGACAGGAGGUCGCGAACUCCUCGAGCCCCACAUGAUGGGGGCACCGAGCGAGUAA